GUGUUUUUUUCCAUCUAGCACCAAACAUCAUGUCCGUGACCAGGAGCACAAUCAGACCUUAAUAGAAAGCAAUCAUCACUCCGGGGAAAGUCGCACUUUGGGGCCGAAAGCGGCGCCAUUUGGAACCAAGCGCGCAGACAGUCUGCAAACAGCUGCCUUUGCUGCACCGAAGCAGCUUCAGGUGCUGCUUAAGAGCUCAUUGCUGUGAUUCACCGGUGCGCCUAUACAAAAACCAAAAAUUGUUUACUUCCUUAGAAUAAAAGGAAUUUAAAGCUCUAUCUCUACUGGUGAUCGGGGUCACCUUGAGUGGGAUCUAUGGGAAAGCUGGAGCUCAGCUUUUCUCCUCUUCCUUGCCUCGGUGUAGUGGGAGCUCUCCUUCAGGAUUUAUUUUGGCUGUAAAUUCACACUUUUUUUUCAUUUUUGGGGGGGUACUGCACUUGGUCACCUGGACACUUUUCACCACGCUUUAAAAGAAGCAGGGAGGAGAAAAAGGAAAAAAAGAGAGAGAUAGAAAAGUCACCAGGCUUUCUUGACUCUGGCUCAGGGUCUCUGGGAGUGAUGGCGGCGUCUGCACCUUCUUCCUCCUCCUCUUCCUCCGGCGCAGGAGCGGAUCCCAACUCGACAAAUUUACGGCCGCCGGGCUCAAGUUAUGAUGCGUGGUGUGGAGUUGCUCAUGGAUGUACCAGGAAAUUGGGAAUGAAGAUCUGUGGGUUUCUGCAGAAGAACAACAGUCUGGAGGAGAGGGGCAGGACUGUGGGCUCCUUGAAGGAGCGCACGGCUAAAAACCUGAUGGCCUGUGAUAACGCAGGAGGAGAUGCGCAUUUCAGACGGACUGAGACCGACUUCUCCAACCUUUAUGCCAGAGAUCUGCUACCUUCAAAAAAUGGAGAGGAGCCAACCAUGCAGUUUUUGCUGGAGGUUGUUGAAAUCCUCACCAGCUACAUCCGGAAGACCUUUGAUAGAUCCACCAAGGUCCUUGACUUCCACCAUCCUCACCAGCUGUUGGAGGGCAUGGAGGGCUUCAACCUGGAGCUCUCUGACCAGCCAGAGUCUCUGGAGCAAAUCCUAGUGGAUUGCAGGGAUACUCUGAAAUAUGGAGUGAGAACAGGACACCCCAGGUUCUUUAACCAGCUGUCCACUGGAUUAGACAUCGUAGGCUUGGCAGGAGAGUGGCUCACUUCCACAGCCAACACUAAUAUGUUCACUUAUGAGAUCGCCCCUGUUUUUGUGCUAAUGGAGCAGCUGACACUCAAAAAGAUGCGGGAGAUAAUCGGCUGGCCCAAUGGAGAGGGAGAUGGAAUAUUUUCUCCAGGCGGUGCCAUCUCCAACAUGUACAGCGUGAUGAUAGCCAGAUACAAGUUCUUCCCUGAAGUCAAAACCAAAGGCAUGGCAGCAGCACCCCGGCUGGUGCUCUUCACUUCAGAGCAUAGCCACUAUUCCAUAAAGAAAGCAAGUGCAGCUCUAGGCUUUGGAACAGAGAACCUUAUCCUUCUAAACACAGAUGAGAGAGGGAGAGUCAUUCCUGCUGAUCUGGAGGCAAAAGUAAUUGAGGCCAAGCAAAAGGGGUAUGUUCCAAUGUUUGUGAAUGCCACUGCCGGUACCACUGUCUAUGGAGCUUUUGACCCCAUUAAUGAGAUUGCAGACAUCUGUGAAAAAUAUAACAUAUGGCUUCAUGUGGAUGCUGCAUGGGGAGGAGGUUUGCUGAUGUCCAGGAAACACAAACACAAACUGAAUGGAGUGGAAAGGGCAAACUCUGUUACCUGGAACCCUCACAAGAUGAUGGGAGUGCCACUGCAGUGCUCUGCCGUUCUGGUCAGAGAGAGGGGGCUAUUACAAGGCUGCAACUCCAUGUGUGCAGGGUACCUGUUCCAGCAAGACAAACAGUAUGAUGUUUCAUAUGACACAGGGGAUAAAGCCAUUCAGUGUGGCCGCCAUGUUGAUAUCUUCAAGUUCUGGCUCAUGUGGAAGGCUAAGGGAACAGUAGGAUUUGAGCAGCACAUUGAUAAGUGCUUGGAUCUGUCGAUGUACCUCUACGACAGGAUCAAAAACAGAGAGGGAUUUGAGAUGGUUUUCAAAUCAGAGCCACAGCACACUAAUGUCUGCUUCUGGUACAUUCCACCGAGCCUUCGCGGCAUGCCUGAUGGCAAAGAGAAGUGCGAGAGACUGCACAAGGUGGCUCCCAAGAUCAAGGCUUUGAUGAUGGAGUCUGGCACCACCAUGGUUGGUUACCAACCGCAAGGAGACAAAGUCAACUUCUUCCGCAUGGUGAUCUCAAACCCUGCAGCCACCAGGUCAGACAUCGACUUCCUGAUCGAGGAGAUUGAGCGACUGGGCCUUGAACUGUGAGAGACAUCAGCAGAUCGUGUUCUCCAACAAGAACGAGCCUCAAGCUUCGCUUUAUGCUCCAUUUGCCUUUUCAGAAUAUUGAAAUUUAUGCUUACAGUUGUUUUCUGGUAAUGCACAACUAAUAAUAGUAAACCUGGCAUGUUUCUGUCAGUCCUGUCUUUAGCAACAGUGAUGUAUGUAUUUAAAACAUUUGCACAUCCAAGAAAAAAAGAAAGAAAUAGAGCACAGUGGCAUUCUUGUUUGUUAUGCAAAAUGGAAAUAAACCCCAUCGUCAAGGUGAGGAAAUUGAAAUGGGGCCAUUUUCAUGUAGAAAUAAACCUGUUUACAAAGAAAAUGAAAUAUUGUAAAAAAAAAAAAAAAAUCUAUUCAUAGAUUACAUAAAGCUAUGUUAAAAUUAGUAUAUCAAAUACAUUAGAUGAUUUAUAAAAGACAAAUAAAUGUUUUAUUGUUUAGAGAAUAACAGAUGGCGGAGUCAGUUUAGUACUGUGUGCAUAAAUAUACAUACAUUAACUAUAAUAUUAUAUGAGAUAAGAAAUUAAUUGAAGGCAAUUUGGGGAUUUAAUCUUUUUUUGUAUUUUCAUGAUGCUACUAAGAGAAUCAGUUACAAAAAAUGUACAUAAGAAUUUAAAAUGCAAACAAAAAUGCUGGAUGUUAAUGCACAGACACAUCCAAUGCUUGAACUAUUUGGAAGUAAUUAUUUUACUUUUUUUUAAGAUCAACUGAGAGUUUUGAAUCAUAUGUUACCAACUGCUAACUGUUAGCUGGAUUUAUGGAGCCUGAAGCAUUAAUCACUUAACUUUACGUAAGCAAUAACAUCAUAUUUUUUCAUUAGUAGAGAUCCUGACAAAAUCAUUUUUCAGAUUGUGUGUAAUAUUAAAGAAGGGGAUAGACAUCUUUUUUUUUCUUUGUCUUGAUCUAAAAGUUAUUGUUAGCACAGCAGCUCAGCUGGCAGCUGCAGGUAGAUAGAAAAGCAGCAGGUGCAAUUAUUUGUCACUUCUUAUUGGAUUUUCACCAGGUAUGCUGAUGACAAUACUAUGUUGUUUAGCUCAGUCUUGCAGAGGGAAUAUGUUCUGUAUCGGAGAUUCGUUUCCAUUAUGAGUUGGUUACCAACAGCGAAAAGACACAGCCAGCUUCUUUGGUGCAUGUUUGAGUCAUUCCAUAUUUACAUCAGAAACCAGUACUGUGAGAAUUUGCUCAUCUUUUGAGCUCCUAGACAAGUAUAUGCUUCUACAACCAUCAUCUUUUUUAACUGUAGAAAGGUACUGUACCUUCGAUGCACCUUGUUAGUUAUUGUGACUUGAAAAAUAAAAAAGCAAAACUAUCAAAGAUAAAUAAAACAAACAAAUGCAUGUUUGGGGAGAUGGUUGCCCCUUUUACAGACGUCUCGUUUUUAUCAUUUUAAUCACACUUAAAUGUUUGAGAUAAUCAAACAUAUUUUAAGAUCAAAUCAAGAUAACUUGAGUAAAUGUACGACAACAUUUUCAAAUUAUUUUUUUUUAUUAAAUAAAAUAUACUCAAAUUAAUCUUCCCCCAUGGGAAAAGGUAAUAUCUCUCUAAAUGUCAUAACUGAUUGUUCUACCUUUGGCUUCAUCAAUCAGUGUUUUACAUAACUCUGGGGGAAUCUAGAAUUUUUGACUCACUCUGCGUCAAACUGUUUUUUUUAAUUAGGAAAUGUUAUUUGAGUAUAAAAGGCCUAUUUAAUGUUAUGCGAUUGGACAUAAACCAGAUUUAUAUCUUGGCUUUAAAUUGGCUUUUCCAAACUCUUAUUUCCCCUUCAAGUAUUCAAUAAAAACUUGAUUUUACUGGAGGUUGUUUGGAGCAUUGUCCUACAGAAUGACACAAAUUCAUUUUGUGAUUAAGCUCAAACUGUUAGUCAGAGAUUCUCCUUUUGUGGUUUUUGUUUACUUACACAGAGACAGGUGUUCUUCAGUGAUGAAUGUGUUAUUAACAGAAACCAGUUGCCUACAAUACAGGUUCAAACCAGCAAGUGUGACCAGCUCAGAGCUCCACCUGGCUGCAUGACGUAAGGCGCAAUGUUCACAUACAGUACAAUAUUCUAGAACUUUGUGGAAAAUGCAAGGAUCAGAAACUUCCAGAGAAAUUCAGAACUAACCAGAACAUUCAAGAUCAUACUGCAAAAUACUGCAAAAAAAAAAAAA